GUACAUCAUCGACCUGUCAUAUGGCCAAUGGCAGAUGGGGCCUGCAGCAUGGCCGCGUGGUGCCUGGCGGAGACUCGCGACAAGCAUUACAUGACUGACGUCGUGUCAAUGUCGAUUGCAGAAUGGUAGAAAGGUCAAAGUCCCAGUCCUCUGUCUACUUUGUGUAAACUCUUUGCAACAUCGCAUCCGUCGUUACCAUACCACUGAUUGCAAUAAUGCGUACCUACAUAUUGGCAGCGGCGGCAGCUAACAUCCUCCUGUGCUCUGCACAAAACUCAGCACAGUUGAUCCGCGAUCCCGGUGUUUAUGGGCCACCAUUAGAACUCGUACAUCUCUAUUAUGACCAGUUUCCCACGGGCAUCGCUGUGUCGUCUACCGGCCGCCUAUUCUCCAACUACCCAGGCGGCUUAGACCCUAACAACACCAACAACGGCAGCAAUGGCAGAUAUACGAUUGCUGAGCUGACCGGUAAUACAACGGAGAGCGCGUAUCCGAGCGUAGCGAUCAACAGUCCGCCAGGUGGAGCAAUCAACUACACGACCUACCCCCCGUCAGGUGCUGGCUAUUCGAACUACUUCAUCGGCUCACAGUCCAUUGUGAUUGAUGCCGCCAAUCGUGCUUGGAUUCUCGAUACAGGGCGCGUUGAGACACCCAAUGGAACGCUAGUACCGGCCUCGUACGGCGGUCCAAAGCUUGUGGGCAUCCAUCUCAACAACAACACCAUCUUCCAAACCAUUGUAUUCCCGACGACCGUGGCUUUCUCUGACUCCUACCUCAACGAUGUGCGCUUCGAUCUGCGACCCAACAUCACUGCUUCUGGUAAGGGCGUCGCAUACAUCACUGACAGCUCUGUCGAGGGCCGCAAUGGGAUCAUCACGGUCGACCUCGGUACCGGCCAGUCUUGGCGACACCUAGACGGUAAUAUGGCGGUGCGUCCGGAGUCGCAGUGGCUGGCAUACCUAUGGGGCGUGCCGUUAUAUUCGUUCAACCCAGGACGACCAUUUGGUUACAGCACCUUUGGAGCCGACGGCAUUGCCUUGUCAGCAGAUGGUGCAACUCUGUACUGGAAGUCUGUGGCUGGCCGCUAUCUGUAUAGCAUUCCGACCGCACGCCUACGUGACAACAGCGCGACAUCGGAAGUCCUUGCUCAAGCUGCUAUUAACAACCACGGCCAGACAGGCAUCACUGACGGCAUGGAAACCGAUAUGAACAACGGUUUCAUCUAUCACGGCAAUAUGGAGCAGAACGCCAUCAGCUUCUACAACCCUGCUAACGGCACGGACUCUCUUUUUGUUCGCGACCCGAGGAUCAAUUGGGUACGCAUCCAGCGAGACACUGUCGACACGAUGUCCGUCUCAACAAACGGCUACCUGUACUUCACCUGCAACCAGCUGGCAUUCGGCACUGGUUUCUACCCUGGCACGGACCGGCGCCAGAAGCCGUUCGCUCUUUUCAGGGUCAAGCUACCGAACAACGGCACGAAGGUGAUACUGACAUAGGCUCCAUGAUCGAGAUCUAACAUCUCACGCCGCACAAAUUAAAGUUGCAGGCAGGGCUUGCGAAUAUGCUAGUAUACUGUAACUUCCCAUGAUGAAUACUAUGAAUGAAGCUAAACAACUCCCGCUUGUGCAUGCUCUCACGAGGCGGCAACACUUGUAAUGUAGAUAGUGCAGGUUCGGUGGUUCCUCGCAAAUGCUUACGUGCGCAUAUCAGCGCUCAAUUCGUCCAACGCCACGUUGCAGGCUAUAAAUCCUGCUUCAGUUCCUUGAUGAUGCUUCCCUAGAUGUGCGCUGGCAGGGUUGUAGAGG